UUUUCAUUGCCGAUAGUUUGCAAAUAAAUGUUUUUGUGGACCUAAAUUAUCUGUAGGAUCAUCUCCACAACCAUGGAGCCUGAUUGCUAUCUUGUGGAAGUCGUCCACUAUUUAAAUCCUCAUUUAAUUUGGGUUCGUAACCCGUCGACCGACACCAUGGAGCAAAUUGGUGUUUACGGUGUCGUUCCUCUGGAUAAGGAACUUAUGCUGGAUACUCAAGAGAUAGAGACGAAGCGCAGCAACACCUGGAUGCAGGCGGCGACCUAUGUUAUGAUGAAAGUAUUCAUGGAAGCUACGGCAGUGUCGUUUCAGCCAAUUUAUAUACACCGCAGAACCUCAAUCUUCGAUACAAAUAUACACAAAUACGGCGAGCUUCUUAUAGAGAAACAAGAUGGUAGGAAAAGGAAACUCUCCAGCUAUCUCAGAAAAGCAGAAACUGCUCUAUAUGAUGAAGCUGCUUUCCACCAACAACUCAGUUCAGGGCUCAUUCAGACAAAACUAACGAAAACAGAAACGGACGAAGUGAUGAAAGUUAUCACUAGUAAAUUAAAAGAUUAUGAAUCUGUUGUCUCAUUCAAGAAACAAACUGAAGUAUACCAAGUUGCUAAAAAGCUAGAAGCACUAACUACAGAAAACUUGAACAAGCAUAACAGCAGACUGAAGAAAAAUGUGACUAACAAAGACAUUUUGAAUGUCUUAGACAGGAAGUUUAAAGAUUUAGAACUGUGUAAAGAUCUUGAUGAUGAACCUCAAGGUAGAGCCACUAAAAAGGCCAAAACAUCUGAAAGUAACUCUUCUUCACGUCUUGACAAACUGAAGAAAUUAAGUGCUAAAACUAAUGUUGCUAAAUAUGACGCCUUUAAUGAUACAAAGCCUGAGAAUAAUAAAGCUUAUGAUGACUUUAAUGAUGCCAAGCCUGCAAAUAGUAAAGCUUAUGAUGACUAUAAUGAUUCAAAAGGUAGUUAUAGUCAGAACAGUCAUGGAUAUCAGAUGAAUGUUACUGAGUCAAGAAUGGCAGCAUUACCGGAUGACGGCUCUAUGACAAAAGAAAACGAGAGCAUCGAGAGUUUCCAGCCAAGAAGGAAUUUCAAGAAUAAGAAGUACAAAUCAUCAGCAAAUAAACCACCUGAAUAUGACGUGAAAACACACAUGCGAAUAGCAUACAGCCCGCCCGGCGUCAACAAGUCCAAACUCGCCCUCAAAAUUGUACCGAUCCAACAAGAAAGUGCUAUAGAAACAUAUAAAGUUGACAAAGAAGACACUAAUGUAAUGAAACCCAAAGAUUACACUAAUAUGAUGAAGCCCAAAGAUGACAUGUAUGGUGAGGUCGACUCUGGUGUUAACAUCACUAUCACAAAUAAAGAUGUUUUGAAAACAUACAAUGAUUUAAAUGAGAGCAAAUCUGAAGGUACAGAAAAACAAAAUAAUUUUGCCAAAUACAAUGAUAGUGGCAAAGGCGAACUUAAAGGUGUAACAGAGCGGAAUAAUGAAGAAAAAGCCAGGUCUGAUGUUUCCUCAAGUGAUGGUAGUACAUUAACGUCCAAGCUCCUUCAAAGGAGGCUUAAUAUUGCAAAAAUAAUGAAGAAAAAUAGUUCAUCAUCAAAUACCACAAGCAGUUCGGGAGGGGUAAAAAAAAAUGAAGGCAGUUCAACUAACACAACAAGCAAGGACUCUGAUGAUGAUGAAGUGAAUGAACUCAUCGAAAAAUAUACCGCUAGUCUCAAAGCUAAUGCUGAAAUUGCCGAAAAAAAAGAUGAUAAGACUGUUGAUUUAGUUGCCAAGAAAAAUAAUGUCAACCCAUUUCAAAAUGUGGACCCAAAUCUGUCUGUGUUUGUAGAUAAAUUAGUUAAACCUGUACUCAUGGUCCAUACUAAAAACAAUUCUCGAAUUGAGCCUUUGGUUGCGUUAAGUGAUAUACCGUUUAAUGCUCAUGAGCAUAAUGUGCUUAGAAAUAUGAAUAUUGACCAAGCCAUGACCAUGCAAUCUGUGUCGUGGAUAAGUGUCCUCAGAGGGUUCAGUACCUUCCUCAUUGGACCACAAGCGUGUGGAAAAACCAUGGGAUAUUUACCAUCAAUAUGCCGACUUAUAUCGGAUUUUGAUAACGAUAUUGUGAACAGUGUCGGGCCUACUUGUAUAAUAGUGGCUGCCACUGCCCAAUCCGUCUCUGAUAUUGAAUAUAAGUGUAGGAUGCUUCUCGGUACUAAAGAAACGAUUUUCUCCUGCUAUGCUGGCAUGGACUUGUUGAAAAUCACCACAUCUUUGUUAAAUGGAUGCAAUCUUUUCAUUUGCACGCCCUGCGUUCUAGUCAGAUUGCUGCUACAAACCGAUUUUGGUAUAGAUCUGCGUCGUUUGACCACUUUCGUACUCGACGAUUGCGAGAGGCUAGAAGAGGUCUAUAAAAGUGAAAUAAAAAUAGCUUUGUCUAAAAUUAAGCACAUGCUGAAAGCAAGAGUCAACAAAGAAGUGAAAGUCCAGUACAUUUUGGCCUCGAGAGUGUGGUGUGAUUUUAUGGAACCACUUGCGAAAAAAGCACCAAACACAGUAGUUUGCAUAGGUGCCUUCCAAGAAUGUGUGCUUUAUUCCAAAGCCAACACUACCGUUGACUUUGUAAAGCCUGAAAACAAAGUUGCAAAAGUGCUGGAGUUUGUGCAAAAAAUGGACAAAAAGAAGAAAACCGUUGUAGUAUGUCGAACAGAUGAAGAAGUUAUUGAACUAGAAAAGGUUUUAAAAGAAAAGCAUGCAAUGGUGUACGCUUGCAAUAAUGAAAUGACGGUUGAAGAUCUGAGGAAUUUUAAUAUAACAUGGGACCAAUAUGCCGACCCUACAAUUGGUCCCAUUCUUGUGUGUUGCGAUGGGAAUUUGAGCCAUAUGAAUAUCACAGAUGCUCACAACCUGGUUCAUUAUUCCAUGCCAGAACUGUUCUCUAGGUUCUGCAAGCGCUUCUCUGUGCUAAACGAUUAUUAUCCUUCUAUAUUUAAAGACGAAAACGAGAGUGUGGCUAUAAGAAUCAUUAUCGAAGAAAGUAACGCAGAACAGCUUCCGAAAAUCUGCAACUUCAUCAAACGAUGCACAAAAGAAUUCCCUCGAGAUUUGGACGUCAUCUGCAAAGAGAUUUUGACCAAAAAGGACAUGGUUAAAGCCGCUAAUCUCGUGCCUAUCUGUGGAAAUCUGCUGGCUUUGGGGGAUUGCCCAGACUUCUGGUAUUGCAGAGAAAGACAUACGAGUUCGGAAAUUCACGAUGAAUCCAAAGAAUGGAUGCCAACUGACGGUGUAAUCACUUUUAGGAUUCUGCACUACCAGACUGCAGUUACGUAUUCAGUUCGUUUACUAACAAACAUAAAGAAAGGAGGCACCAAAAAGUAUCCACAAACCUACAGUACGCUCUCCUUCAAGAUGGGGACAUACUUUAGCCAGGAAAGUAAUAAGAAACUUCUCGGCGUUCCAAAGAUCGGUGAUGUCUGCGCAGUGGCAAUAAACCAAGACUUUUACGUAAGAUGUCAAGUCGUCGAUAUCAUAAAUAAAUACAGAAACGGUCUACCAAACCAUGUAUUAAUAAAACUCAUUGAUGAAGAAAAAUUGGAAACUACGCGGGAUAUUUACCUGUACCAUCUACCGAAAGAAUUUAGGAAUGUUGAAACGUAUGUAGCUGAAGUGAGCUUGGCAGGUGUUCUGCCAAAAGACAAGGAUAUAACGUUCUCGGAACUGGCUAAAAACCAUAUCAAGAAAGGCUUGGAAAACAAUGAAAGCUUGUAUAUGAGAGGCAAAGUUGUCCUGACGGUUGGCAACCGAAUAUUCGUCGACAACAUAGAUGUGUGUCAAGAAUUAACAUCCAUGAAUGAGGUCGUGGUCAAAAACAACUUCAAGGAAUUAUUGUCAACGCAUUCUGAAGUGUUCCCUGAUCAUAUAAAGAAAAUAAAGAGCCGUCUAUUCGCCGAGGAAGAUAUAACUACGGAGAACACAGAUUUUGAACAAGUUGAGGACUUAAAGCCAGUAAAAGAACCGCCCAAAGUACAAUGGGCGCAUUUAAAUCGCGAAGACCUGUCGUUGGUCUAUUUUACAUCAGCAGUUGAUCCGAGCACGUUCUUCGUCCGUUUGGUCAAAUUUAAAGACACCAUGGAUUCCCUCUGUAAAGAUAUCAAGAAGUACACAGAAGGUAAUCCCGAACCACUGAAAGAGGUUAAAGAGAAAGACGUGGUUUUAGCGAAAUUUCCGGACAAUAAAUUCUACGAGCGAGCUCGAGUUGACUGCAUUGAGGGUAAUAAAGCGAAAUGCUUUUUCGUCGAUUAUGGAGACUGGAGGGAAGUGCCUUUAAAGGAUUUGACGGAAAUCCCUGAUAAAUUUGUGCUUCGCUUACCUUUCCAAGCGAUCGAAUGCAGACUUCUGGGUGUCAAACCUGUGGGCGACGCAUGGACGGACUUUAGCACCAACUGGCUUUGCGACCGAUGCGACGUCGAAGAUGACCAAGACUUGAAAGGACUUUAUGUCCAAUACUACUCGACUGACAAAGCGAAGUUUACCGGCGGAAACAAAUAUGCAGUAGCAUUAAUAGACACUAACAAUGAUAGUGACGUUGUAUACAACACACAAAUGAUCAACCUGAAUUUGGCUGCUCCAGAUGAUGAUGAAAUUGAGAUACUCAAUAACAUUAAUUUCAAAAGGCCCGAAAAAGGUGUUGAACCUAAUGAUGAAGAUGACUGGAGUAAUGAUGCAUACGAUAAAUCAGCUAGGCUUUCUAAUGAGCCUAUCAGAUCUGUGCCUUUAGUAGAAGACAGUGACACAGACAGCGAUAGGUGGAGCGUCAACAUGCCUGAUGACAUCGUUAAUACUUUUAAACCUGACGCGAAAUCCCUAGAAAUGCCUAAAAUAAAAUCGGAUACCUCUUCAAUAGCGAGUUCCAACAAAAUUGACAAUGAUUCAAUUACAAGUGAAUUUGAAGUCGUGAAAAAGCCACAAAUAAAAGAAUUAGACUCUGACGAUCUAUCUACUUCUGAGAGCGCAAGUGUAACUGAGAAAUCAGAAUUAAUAAAAGUAGCAAACGAAGGGAGAAAAGCGAAAUUACUGUGGAGGCAAAAUAAAACAACAGUGACAGUAAAAAUAAUGUUAGUAGGGGCAGAAACUUAUGAAUUGAAAAUACAAGAAAGAGAAUUACAGUUCUCAGCAGAUAUAUAUGACACAAUUUACAAUUUCAAGAUAAAUUUAUAUGGGAUAGUUGAUAAGAAUAAAUCAACACAUGCUUACAAAGGACAGUAUAUACUUGUUAAACUUAUCAAGGUUAUGCAUAAAAACUGGUUGACUUUGACCAAGGAAACUUCUUUAACUAAAUGGAUUGUCUAUGAUCAUGAUUCCAUAGACACAUCGUCAGAAGAGGAGGAUGCAUUAGACGACUCUAUUGCCAAAGUUAUAGAAAAUAAUUAUCGUGAUGAUUCGGAUAGCGAUUCGUUUUGUGAUGAUGUGAAUUUUAACUAUCCUAGUUAGACG